ACCACGUGAGCGGUGCGGGCCGCGCCGCAGGGCGGAUGGGGACGCUGCCCGCGGCCGGCCGAGGAAGGCUGGCUGGCUUGCCAUCGGGGUUGGGUCCCACGUGAGCACCGAGCGUGCCGGUGCGGAACAAACGCCAAACAGACGAGCUCACAGCCUCACACGCUCCCGCGCAUCCUCGGUCACGCCGCCGCCGCCGCGAAAUGCCGACGACUACGGAACCACGCCUGCCGCUGCCGCCGCCGCCGCUCCUGCUGCUGCUCCUCUUCGCGGCCGCCUGCAGCUGCGGCCUCGCUGGCGCGGCGGGAGGCGAGCGCGGAGGCGGCUCCUGCGAUCUCUCCGUCGAGCGGGGCGGAGCACUCUACAGCUUCGCCCUCGCGGCGCCGAUGCCAGCGCACCGCCACGGCGUCCUCAGCGAGGACGGGUUUUACAAAGUGGCUGUGAAUGAUUCCACACUUUGGUUCCAGCUGUGCGAUGAAAUGCUAUUCAACUUUGACCCACCGAUGUGUCUUAAUUGUGAGGACUGCGGCGGUCCAUUGAGGUGUGGAACCCAGUGUAGUGCACUUGUGUCAAAUAAUAUGGGAGGGUAUGAUGUUUGCACAACCAUUGGGAGUCUAUCUAAAUCCCAUAUAUCUCUAAUUGAUGAGAGUAAUCCUCGAAAGGGUAUUGUUGUUAAGAUGUUCUCGCCAAAGUGUUCUAUUUCUGUUUCUGUCCUUUGUGAUUCAAGUGUAGCCCAAGUACCGGACAAAUUUGUUGUAUCUGGUCGUUGUGAUUAUGCUACAACAUUUAAGCACCCUUCUGGUUGUGCAAGAUCUGUUUCUGCUUCUGGAAGUGGCUGGGGAUGGUUAGGCACUUUGUUCAUAACAAUUAUGUCCCUUCUUGGAGGGUACAUUUUGCUUGGAGCAGUUUACAGAUAUUAUUUCCUUGGCCUUCAUUCUGUAGAGGCCAUUCCAAACCUGGAUUUUUGGAUCAGUUUGCCCCGACGAAUUAAGACCAUGUUUGUUCCUGCAACAAGAAGCCGCAUAAGUUAUAACAGAGAUGGUCUAGGCGCAUAUGCCCCUGCAAACCAUUGAGAAAGUGGCGUUGAAGAAAGUUUAUGGGCAGCCAUACAGUUAAAACACAUGUAUGCAUUCAAUGGCAGGACAAAUCUUUGAUCUUUGCCAAGGAACCAGGAAUGCAAGUGGGACUUAUAUUAUGAAAGGGAUGGAGUAUUUGUAUGCCCUGCAACAACAGUUCUGAUGAAUUGUUAUCACUUUGAACAUGUACUAUCAUCAGCCAUCAAAUGUGUCUCAAGGUUGAUGUACACUUUCAAAAGCAUCACUUUGCUAAUUAUUGCAAAUGAUGUAGAGCAAAUCCCUGCACCUUUUAGACGGCUACGAUAGUACGUUUAUCUAGAUGCAUAAGUUAUUGUGCAUAUGAUUGGUUUAAUUCGGAACCAUGAAACUGAAUGUGUUUUUUUGCAUGUCUUGUUAUGAAUUUUCUUAGCUUUUCUGCUUGGUAACCUUUGUCACGAAGAUGACCUUACAAUCUCUCUGUCCAAAGGAGGGCAAUGAUAAGCAACUCUUAAGUCUCUGAUAGUUUUCAGCAACUAGAUGCUUGUGACCUGGGCAUGGGCAACAGAGAAGAGAAGAUUGAGACCUCCAAUUGAAGGCUAUUACUUUGUUCUAGUAUAACAUGUGGAAGCCACAUGUCUUCUGGCAUUGGCCACAACUUUCUGUAGAUAAAAAUUCUGAUAGCUAGAAAUAUGUUCAUGGUAGGUGGAUCAAUCACUCUUGUAAAACGUGGUGAAAGCAAUGUGAUGCGACUUUAUCAUGAGCAGACGACCAAGGACCAAAUUAGUACGUGGAAGGAUGGUAAUUUUGCUUAAUUUCUUGCCAUUCCUUUAGCUCA